GCGCCGGCCGCUCCCCCCCGGCUCUGUGUUCGCUCCAGGGUUUGGGGGUGUUAGGGUACGGAGUCCUCACUCUGGAGUUCCGAACGGCUGUCCCCGUGUCCCGGAAUCUAGAGCCGGCCUUGCGGGCAGGAGGAAGUGGCAGUCAGGUGGCUUCCCGACCGUCCGUCCUCCACCCCGCCGAGGAGCCACUAGCAACGAUCUCUGUGAAAUUGGAGAGGCGCUAACGGCGGCACUCCCCCUGCUGCCGCCCGCCGUUUCCAAGGGGCUCAGAAACCAGUUUGUUUCGUCGGGGCAGUGUGGACGUGUCUCACUGGCGUUGCCCGAGGCGGGACGGAGUCAAACCUGAGGUGUCAACCAAACACAGGUGUCAGGUGUGGGAGUCUCGGUGCCCACCUUUCAGUCUGGGCUGUGAGCUGCUGCUGGUUAGACAGACUUGGUUUCUCUUUCAGGAUGUCAUUUUCAAAUUGCUGGGUGGUGCCACUGCCUUAUUAAAUCCCGUAAGAAGACUGCCACACCUAGACUGAUGCUUACUGAUCAUCACCGUUAUUCCUGCUAAAGUCCUGUGUCACUGAGCAUAACUGAAAAGAUGCCUUAGAAAAAGAACCAUGGAGAAGUAUGUUAGACUACAGAAGAUUGGAGAAGGUUCAUUUGGAAAAGCCAUUCUUGUUAAAUCUACAGAAGAUGACAGGCAAUAUGUUAUCAAGGAAAUUAACAUCUCAAGAAUGUCUAGUAAAGAAAGAGAAGAAUCAAGGAGAGAAGUUGCAGUAUUGGCAAACAUGAAACAUCCAAAUAUUGUCCAGUAUAGAGAAUCAUUUGAAGAAAAUGGCUCUCUCUACAUAGUGAUGGAUUACUGUGAAGGAGGGGAUCUGUUUAAACGAAUAAAUGCUCAGAAAGGCAUUUUGUUUCAAGAGGAUCAGAUUUUGGACUGGUUUGUACAGAUAUGUUUGGCUCUGAAACAUGUGCAUGAUAGAAAAAUUCUUCAUCGAGAUAUAAAAUCACAGAACAUAUUUUUAACCAAAGAUGGGACAGUACAACUUGGAGAUUUUGGGAUUGCUAGAGUUCUUAAUAGUACUGUAGAGCUGGCUCGAACUUGCAUAGGAACCCCAUACUACUUGUCACCUGAAAUCUGUGAAAACAAACCUUACAAUAAUAAAAGUGACAUUUGGGCUUUGGGGUGUGUCCUUUAUGAGAUGUGUACACUUAAACAUGCAUUUGAAGCUGGCAGUAUGAAAAACCUGGUACUGAAGAUAAUAUCUGGAUCUUUUCCACCUGUGUCUUUGCAUUAUUCAUAUGAUCUUCGCAGUUUGUUUUCUCAGUUAUUUAAAAGAAAUCCUAGGGAGAGGCCAUCAGUCAACACCUUACUGGAGAAAGGUUUUAUAGCCAAGCGCAUUGAAAAGUUUCUCUCACCUCAGCUUAUCGCAGAAGAAUUUUGUCUAAAAACAUUUACAAAGUUUGGAGCACAGCCUAUACCAGCCAAAAGACCAGCUUCAGGACAAAGCUUGGUUUCUGUUGUGCCUGCUCAGAAAAUUACUAAGCCUGCUGCUAAAUAUGGAAUACCUUUAACAUACAAGAAAAAUGGAGAUAAAAAAUUACUUGAAAAGAAACUACUCCAAAAACAUAGACAGGCCCAUCAAACUCCAGUGAAGAAAGUGAAUCCUGGAGAAGAAAGGAGGAAAAUGUUUGAGGAAGGAAUAAGAAAGAGAAGGUUGGAAUUAGCCGAAAAAGAAAAGAAACAAAAGGAUCAGAUUAGUUUAGUGAAGGCUGAACAAAUGAAAAGGCAAGAAAAGCAAAGGUUGGAGAGAAUAAAUAGGGCCAGGGAACAAGGAUGGAGAAAUGUGCUAAGUGCUGGUGGAAGUGGUGAAGUAAAGGCUCCCUUUUUUGGCAGUCGAGGGGCUGUAGUUCCAUCAUCCUUUUCUUCUCGGGGACAAUAUGAACAUUACCAUGCCAUUUUCGAUCAAAUGCAGCAACAAAGAGCAGAAGAUAAUGAAGCUAAAUGGAAAGGAGAAAUACAUAGUCAAUGGCUUCCAGAAAGAGGAAUUCCACCUAGAGUUCGUCCAGGAUUUCCUAAUGGGGCUGCAGGUCAUCACCAUUUCCCUGAUGCUGAUGCUAUUAGAAAAUCUUUGAAAAGAUUGAAGGUCGUGUCUAAACAAGCCAGUACAAACAGGCAAAAAGGGCAGCUAGCUGUAGAAAGAGCUAAACAAGUGGAAGAGUUCCUACAGCGAAAACGCGAAGCUAUGCAGAAUAAAGCUCGAGGCGAAGGACAUAUGGGAAUCCUGCAAAACCUGGCAGCUAUGUAUGGAGGCAGGUCCAGCUCUUCAAGAGGAGGGAAGUCAAGAAACAAAGAGGAAGAGGUUUAUCUGGCAAGACUGAGACAAAUAAGACUACAGAAUUUCAAUGAGCGCCAACAGAUAAAAGCCAAACUUCGUGGUGAAAAGAAAGAAGCUGAUAGUUCUGAGGGACCAGAAGGAAGUGAAGAGGCUAACAUGAGGCGUAAAAAAAUUGAAUCACUUAAGGCCCCAGCAAAUGCACGUGCUGCUGUACUGAAAGAACAACUAGAGCGAAAGAGAAAGGAAGCAUAUGAAAGAGAAAAGAAAGUGUGGGAAGAACAUUUGGUGGCUAAAGGAGUAAAGAGUUCUGAUAUUUCUCCACCUUUGGGACAGCAUGAAACAAAUGACUCUCCAUCAAAACAACAAAUAAGAUCUAUUAUUUCUGUGACUUCAGCUUUGAAAGAAGUGGGUAUGGACAGAAGUUUAACCGAUGUCCAGGAAAACUCAGAAGAAAUGCAAAAGACCAACAAUGGUAUUUCAAGUAAGCGAGAAAUACUACGUAGAUUAAAUGAAAAUCUUAAAGCCCAAGAAGAUGAAAAAGGAAAGCAGAAUCACUCUGAUACUUUUGAGAUAAUUAUUCAUGACGAUGCCAAAGAACAUGAAAAAGAAAAACCAGUUUCAUCUGAUCGCAAGAAGUGGGAGGCAGGAGGUGAACUUGUUAUUCCUCUGGAUGAAUUAACAUUGGAUGCAUCCUUCUCUGCAACUGAAAAACAUACAGUGGGAGAGGUUAUUAAAUUAAAUCCUAGUGGAUCUCCAAGAAAAGUCUGGGGGAAAAGCCCUACAGAUUCUGUUCUAAAGAUACUUGGAGAAGCUGAACUACAACUUCAGACAGAACUAUUGGAAAACACAACUACUAGGACUGAGAUUUCUCCUGAAGGGGAAAAGUACAAACCCUUAAUUAUUGGAGAAGAAAACGUACAAAGUAUUUCACGUGAAAUAAACCUAUCAGCUAUUGUUGGUUCUCCUGUUGAGACAAAAAGCUCAAAGUUUAAUGAGGCACAUCUACAGAAGUCAUUGAAACCUGAAGGAAAUUUGGAAGAACCUGAUGACUUGGAAACAGAAAUUCUACAAGAGCCAAGUGGAACAAACAAAGAUGGGAGCUUGCCAUGUACUAUUACUGAUGUGUGGAUUAGUGAGGAAAAAGGAACAAAAGAAACUGAUAUACCCAUCUGUGGCAGGCUGGAAGAUAGGGUCACCAUUCAGCAAAAUGAAGUUUCUGAGGAUGGAAUCCUGAGGAAUGUGAACCAACUUAGUGAAGUUCAUUUAGAACCUGGAAUAGAUGAUUCUCAGCACUCUAAAUGUGAUGUAGAUAAAUCUAUGCAACCAGAACCAUUUUUCCAUAAAGUGGUUCAUUCUGAACACAUGAACUUAGUUUCUCAAGUUCAAUCAAGUCAUUGUUCACCAGAAGAAUCCUUUCCACUUCGAUCUCACUCUGAUUCACCACCAAAAAAUAAAAACAAGAAUUCCUUGCUGAUUGGACUUUCAACUGGCCUGUUUGAUGCAAACAACCCAAAGAUGUUGAGGACAUGUUCACUUCCGGAUCUCUCAAAGCUGUUCAGAACCCUGAUGGAUGUUCCCACUGUAGGAGAUGUUCGUCAAGACAAUCUUGAAGUAGAUGACAUUGAAGAUGAGCACAUUAAAGAAGGACCUUCUGACUCUGAAGACAUUGUGUUUGAAGAAACUGACCCGGAUUUACAAGAGCUUCAGGCCUCGAUGGAGCAGUUACUUAGGGAGCAACCUGGUGAAGAAUACAGUGAGGAAGAAGAGUCGGUCUUAAAGAACAGUGACGUAGAGCAGACUGCAAACGGGACAGAUCUGGCAGAUGAGGAUGACAAUCCCAGCAGUGAAAGUGCCCUAAAUGAAGAAUGGCACUCAGAUAACAGUGAUGGUGAGACUGCUAGUGAAUGUGAAUAUGAUAGUGUCUUUAACCAUUUAGAGGAACUGAGACUUCACCUUGAGCAGGAAAUGGGGUUUGAAAAGUUCUUUGAGGUUUAUGAGAAAAUAAAGGCUAUUCAUGAAGAUGAAGAUGAAAAUACUGAGAUUUGUUCAACAAUAGUUCAGAACAUUUUGGGAAAUGAGCAUCAGCAUCUUUAUGCCAAGGUUCUUCAUUUAGUCAUGGCAGAUGGAGUCUAUCAAGAAGAUAAUGAUGAAUAAUCUUCAGACAUUCUUUAAUCCUCAACUAUAUGAAAGCAUUUGAAUUUGGCUCAUCAGAAUAACAAGCUUCAGUGGGAAAUAAAGCAGCUAUUUAUAAGAAAUAUCGAAUUUAAGAUGGGCAUGCUUAUUGCAUGAAAAAGAUGGAGAAACAUGCCGUUUUUCAAUUAAGAUUCUAGUAUUUUAUCUGUUUUGUUUGUUGAGUUCUAUAGUUAAAUCCUAUAGAAUAUAGACUUUAUUAAUCAUUCAACCAAAGCAUAAGAGACAUUGAUACAGAACUGGUCUUAAUGGUUUUGAAGAUUUACUAUGCAAUGUUAAUUUUGAUUUUCAGCAUGUGUCUUUAGGUUGGAGAAAUUACCUAUGUCAUGAAAGACCUGCCUAUGGUUUUUCAUUUAAGUAUUUUAGCAUGACCUUUUUUUUUUUCUGUCUAGUACUUGUUUUCAUCCAGGCCAACAAUUGUGCGUUAAAUAAACUUGUCAAGGGCUCUAUUUAAAUCUUUACAUUUGGAAGAUGGAAUUUUUAGCCUUAAAGUUUAUAUUUUCAAGUCCUUUUCAGCCAGUGUGUCUCCUGAGCUAACUCAUGGAAACAGGCUGUAGAAAUUAUUGAAAAUUUGGAUUAUGAACGAAUAGGAAAAUUAUAUUUACUGAUAUUGUAGAAGUUGGUUAAUUACUUCUAUUUCUGUGUAAUGACCAAAACCAGAAAUAUGGUAUCUAAAAAUUAGCCUGUGAAUUUUAACACUGACCUAGCAUGUAGCAUAAAGUUGCCCUCUUGGUUUUUAACUUCCUCUCAUGCCUGUGCUUCCGGGACAACAUGAGGUUUAAAAAGAGAAAGGAAUCAUUUUUAUUUUGACACUGUGACAGUUUCGGUAAAUAGUAUCACAAAGCGGGGAAUGUUUGCCUCUUUUAAUUAUUUCCAUUAUGUGAGGAUUUAGCUAGGUCAUUAAGAUGAUUGUUACACAGCUUCAAUUGCAAUAUGCCAAGUAUUAAUGGUUUCAUUACAGAAGUCUACAGUCCAGAUGUUUUUAGUAAUAAAAGCAGAAUUUUUGAACCUCUAAGGACAAUCAGCUUGAUUGGCAUAAUCUACACUUUGAAAAAUAAAAUCCUAUCUUGCAGCACUAUCAGUACUAUGUUGAAGUUAUUAUGUAUGUCUAACAUCCAAAACUAACCACUUGAGGGCCAGCCCGUGGCUCACUCAGGAGAGUGUGGCACUGAUAACACCAAGGCCAUGGGUUCGGAUCCUAUAUAGGGAUGGCCUGUUUGCUCACUGGCUGAGCAUGAGGCUGACAACACCAAGCCAAGGGUUAAGAUCCCUUUACCAGUCAUCUUUAAAAAAAACAAAAAACAAAAACUAACCACUUGAUUUUUAUGUUUAUUUUAUGAUAUUAAUGUUAAAUUACUAUUAAAUUUUUAUUGUC